AUGCUUCGCGCGUCGCUCGCGACCCUUCGCCGCGGCGCCCGCGCGGGCGUCGCGUCCCCCGCGACGCAGCUCCAGCAGAUCCGCCGGCUGAACAUCCACGAGUACCAGGCACGCAGCGCGGAGCUGAUGGCUCAGUACGGCGUCCGCGUCCCCCCCGGGAUCGCGUGCACGACCCCGGACGAGGUCGCCGCCGCGGCGGCGAAGCUCAGCGGCGAAUCCGGCGAGGUAGUCGUGAAGAGCCAGGUCCUCGCCGGCGGCCGCGGCCUCGGCACGUUCACGUCCGGGCUCAAGGGCGGCGUGCACAUCGUCCCCGCCGCGGAAGCCAAGACGCUCUCCGAGAAGAUGCUCGGCCAGACGCUCGUCACGAAACAAACCGGCGCGGCGGGCAAGCCGGUCAACACGCUCAUGGUCGCGGAGAAGAUGAAGCUCGUGAACGAGAUGUACUUCGCGAUUCUUCUCGACCGCGCGUCCGCGGGGCCGAUGAUCAUCGCGUGCAGCGAGGGCGGGACUUCGAUCGAGGACCUCGCGGAGAGCCAUCCGGAAAAGAUCAUCAAGAUGAAGGUCGACGUGAACCGGGGGCUCACGACGGAUCAAGCGCUGGAGCUCGCGCGCGGGUUGAAAGUCUCCGGGAGCGCGGACGACGCGGCGGCGCAGCUCAAGGCGCUGUACGCCGUCUUCGAGAAGAGCGACUGCACGAUGCUCGAGGUGAACCCGCUCGCGGAGACGGACGAGAAGCUCCUCAUCGCCGCGGACGCCAAGCUCAACUUUGACGACAACGCCGAGUACCGCCAACGCGAGCUGUUCGCGCUGAGGGACCACUCGCAGGAAGACCCGAGAGAGGUCGCCGCGGGGAAGUUCGACUUGAACUACAUCGGGCUGGACGGUAACAUCGGGUGCAUGGUCAACGGCGCCGGGCUGGCGAUGGCGACGAUGGACAUCAUCUCCCUGCACGGCGCGUCUCCGGCGAACUUUUUAGACGUCGGCGGCAACGCGAGCGAGGAGCAAGUCGUCGAGGCGUUUAAGAUUCUCACCGCGGACGUCAAGGUGAAGGCGCUGCUCGUGAACAUCUUCGGCGGGAUCAUGAAGUGCGACGUCAUCGCGUCCGGUAUCGUGAACGCGGCGAAGCAGGUGGGGAUCAAAGUUCCUCUCGUCGUGCGUCUCGAGGGCACGAACGUCGAGGCGGGGAAGGAGAUUCUCGCCGAGAGCGGUCUGAACAUCGUCAGCGCGGACGACCUGGACGACGCCGCGAAGAAAGCCGUCGCCGCGCUCGCGUGA